AUGUCUGCCAUUGCAUCAUUCGAUUCUCUAUAUAAAAGUAUAAUCGCCACGAAUUGGCAAGAAUUGUUAUUAGAGAACACGUCAGAUCGAGGACGCCUUCUGAACCUACUUCGUACCCAAUACUACACCUUGGAUUCCUUGGUCUCAGCUACUGUUAUAACCUUUGGAAUAGCAAUCAUCUGUUGGGGACUGGGUGUUUUCACUAAUAACCAUUCUCACGUUGAUAGACUUUGGAGUAUUACUCCGGUCUUCUUUUCUUGGCAUUUUGCACUCCACUCGUUUAUCACGGAGAGUAAUGAGUUGAGUGUACGUGGAGCCAUUAUGAGCCUGUUGAGUACCCUAUGGGGUGUAAGGCUUACUUAUAACUUUGCUCGAAAAGGAGGAUAUAAAUUGUCAAACGAAGACUAUCGAUGGUCGUAUGUGAAGAAAAGCAUCCCUAGACCCUUCUUCGAACUCAUUAAUGUUGUGUUUAUCUCAUUCUAUCAGAAUUUUUUAUUAAUGAGUUUAACUCUACCAGUAUAUUUAGUCUGUUCUAUUGGAGAUGAUGGCCCGUUGAACUGGAUUGAUGUAGUUGCGGGUGUCUUGUUUAGCUUAUGUUUUGUAGGAGAAACUAUAGCUGAUCAACAACAAUGGAAGUUUCAAAACGAAAAGCACAGAAUAAUCAAAGAAGCAGCCAAGAAUACUGAUGGGCUCAAGUUGUAUGAUGGUGACUUUGGGUUGGGUUAUUUAACUCAUGGUCUUUUUCGAUAUUCAAGUGAGAUAAUAUAUCUUGACUUAUAUUGUCUUGCCAGACAUCCUCAUUAUUUCUGUGAAAUAGGUCUUUGGUGGAGUUAUUACCUCUUUGCUGUUGCUGCAACAUUACAGCCUAACACUUGGAUACAUGCAUUAUGGUUCAAUUGGACCAUGGUUGGUGCAGUCAAUUUGACACUUCUGUUCCAAGGAAGCACAUUUCUGACAGAAAAAAUCAGCAUGUGUAGGUAUCCAUCAUAUUGCAAAUACAGAAAAAUUACUAGUCGAUUUAUUCCAUGGUUUCCCGGAGAGGACAUCAGUCCAAGGAAGGAGAAAACUAAAUAA